GAUCUGUCGCGACGAGUUGCAGCUGCUGAUUGUCGCCCGAGUGAAUAUUCUCUCUUGCCCUUGUUGCAGUCACCGUUGACCGGACGAGCGCCUAUGUGAUAAACCCACCGAGCUACAAUUCACAACACUUAGCGCCUCCCUCCGGUGAUCCUUCUCCAUGACUGCUGUGGCAUCACCACCUAGUGUGCAAACGGGGCCUCGCAUGGGAUGGUUCGAUACUGGUAACGGAGGACAAGGUGCUUUUUCUUCAAUGGAUGCGGAAGAAGUGUCUCGGACAUUUAUGCCUCGAAAGACCGUUCAGAGAUCGAAUUCUUCGUCAUCCCUCCGAUCCAACGGCUCCGCCUCAACUACAGUGGCUCUUACUGAACAGAACUCGGGCCCCGCACAAUCUGCGCCCACAAAUACCUGGGGCAAGAAGAAGCCCUCGAGAAAUCUCUGGCAUACCUCUAAUUCCGAACCGCAGUCCCUACGGGGCAUUCCACCUUCUUCUCAAGCCAUGCCGGCCUUUUCCUCCGGCCCUGGCGCUUUGUCCGCGGUCCAUCAGCCGUCAUCCAUUGUUCCGUCUCAGCAUAUGCUCCAACUCUCCCAGCAACAAAAUGGCCUCCGCGCUGGGAGCGUGCCACAGGGCGACCCGCCUGCGAUCUUGACCCUCUUGCCCAUCAACGGCACUUUCGAGAAGAAACAAAUCACCGUGCCUUUUUACCCGGAGCUGAUACGCAUUGGCCGACAGACCAAUGCGAAGACAGUGCCCACUCCAGUGAAUGGCUUUUUCGACUCGAAGGUGCUAUCACGGCAGCACGCUGAGAUUUGGGCCGAUAAGAACGGGAAGAUCUGGAUCCGCGAUGUAAAAUCGUCCAAUGGUACAUUCGUGAACGGAAAGCGCCUGUCCCAGGAGAACCGCGAAUCCGAUCCUCAUGAGUUGCGCGAGAACGAUACUUUAGAACUCGGAAUAGAUAUUGUUAGCGAAGAUCAGAAGACGAUUGUCCACCACAAGGUGUCCGCCAAGGUCGAGCAUGCGGGUAUCUAUGCGUCUAUUCCCAACAUACUCGACCUGACGCUCGGCGACUUGGAUCCUUCGGCUGGCAAUGGCCUUGUUCCAUCGCCACUCACCCAGCCUAUGGUACAGCUUCGCGGUCGGUCAGGUAGUACCAUGAGCAAUCGCAGUGUACAAAGCGCAGCGAGUAGUCAGUUCAAUGCGAUGCAGCAACAGCGUCAAAUGAACUACUGGAAUUCGCCGAUCUCAAUAGAGCAAGUGGUCAAGCGACUCACGAGCGAAAUGAAGCAGGCGAAACAUCAAUCGCAGGAGCUCCGGCAGACGGAUGAGUUCCUGACGACUCUGAUGAAACCCGGUCAGCCCGAGAAAGAAAAGGCGAAGCACUCGCCGCCCGAUACCAAUGCCGCUCGCGCAAUUAAUGGCAGACCCAAAAUCCCUCGUGUAGACUCUUUCUCACGGUUUUCCGAGCCUCCCGCACCUCCUCCACAGCAACCGCUCCCUGAGAAGCCGGACGCUCUACCUCGAAACGGCACAGACUCUCUCUCCCCUCUGAAGCGUUCCGAUACCGAGAAACCCAAGCUUAGUGGCAGCUCGCCUGUCAGUCGUGAUAACAGUCAAAUCCUUUCCCUGAUUGAAGCAUUGUCAUCCGCCAAACGGGAGCUUGACACCCAAGGCGCCCGUGUCAAGGAACUAGAAGCCAUGUUGCUUCAAGAGCGAUCGGCUCGCGAAUCCGCCGAAGAAAAGGCUAGAACUUUGGAGAUGCGGACCGUCACAAAUGGUACGCAUGAUACUUCGGUGUGCAGCGACGCUGAUCACGAGACCACGCAAACUGCGUCGAUGGAUAAGUCGGUAGAACAGCCUGCUGCCGAAGUUGCCGCGGAAGUUGCGACCGAGGUGGAGCAGGCGGGUUCCGCGGUCAUUCGCACCGAGGAUCUUCAACAUCGUCUGGAAACGAUGAUCCAGGAAAUGGAAGAAAUGAAGAAGCAAGUGACGAUCUUCAAAGAACAGGCCCAACACGCGGAAAGCGAAACGGCUGAAGCACGCAAGUCCCUGGCGGAGAUGAUUGAGACAUUACGACGAGAGCGCGCGGAGCGUGCCGAGAGCGAUGCCAAGAUGGAGGCUUCAGGAACAAGCCAUGUUCCUGACACCACGAUUACCAAGGCGGAGAAUGCCAUCGAGAAAGAUGCUUCCGAGCCUAGCGACCCACGACUGCAGCCUGUUGCAUCACCCCGCAUGAAAGAAGAUGACACUGCAGAUUCCAAACUGGCCGCGCAGCCUCGCCGACAUGACGUUCUGGAGCAAUCCAGUCCAUUUGCGUCAAUGCUGGGAGUCGUGCUUCUAGGGGUCGGAUUAAUGGCCUACCUGAAUGGCUGGCAGAAGAUGGAUAAAUGAACAAUCUCCUGCCACCAUGUUAUGUUUGUUUUGAGCGAAUGGCUUGAAUUGUUGGUUUAUUUCGAAAAGGUCCCUUUCACCCCCGUUGUUAUUGCACCCUGGAGACCUUUUGGUCUACCGCCGUCCAAUCCUUACUGUGCCCAUUUUCUACUCCCGUCAUAUUGAUUCCUAGUUCUGACCCCCUUCUCUCCCCGUGUACUCUGAACCAACGCUUAACAGGGUCUCUGCGUUGGCUGUGGGUUUCUUUCUUCUCUCUAUACUUGCCCUUUCUUGCGGCCCCAUUA